AUGUCUUAUCGCAGGCUUGUUCCGUUGUUAAGGCAGCCAGGUGUUUGGAGAUGCUAUAGUGCGAGGAGAACAGAUGAAGAAGUAAUGAAUGUAUUUGAUAGGAAGGCCAAGAGAAGGCAAAAAAACAGGGCCGCACUUGCUGAAAAUGUCGGCGUAUACGACUAUCUCAAAGAUGAGGUAAGAAUAACAGUUGUAUUGUGCACACAGAAGGAGUUGCCAUUAUGACUGCAAGAAUGAAUGCUAAUGCACAGGAAAACCAAGCUCAAUUGGCCAUUACCCAGGGCUGUCAACCCCCGACGUCUUUUUUAUUGAGAAGUGAUAGGGAAGGGAUGAUAGAUGACGUCAUAACGCACAUCACAUGGUGUCAUUUGUGCAAAGAAUACUAGUUGACUCCAUCCUCACGAAUUUGCGAUGACACAAAAUGCGCAAAAAAGAUGUUGAUAACAUUGUAACAUUUGACCUGAUUGGUUUACUUCCCACCAAUCACACUAUUGCUUAAACUUAUAUUACAAUGGCACAACAGAGUUGUAUGACAAAAUGUUCGAUGCACUGUUAACAGUAAAAGAGCUCAAACAAUGCAAAAGUCGAGUCUACAGGAAAUGGCAAACUUUGGCGAUUAUCCGUGAGAUUUCAUACUCUAAUCUGGAGACCAGGAGAUAUGGUCCAAAAUCUGGAGUCUCCCGGAUUAUCCGGGAGAGUUGACAGUACUGAUUGCCCAGGCUAAGCCUCUGUUUGAGCAAAGCUGUUGAUAUAAAAAUGAUAUUUCAAUCCCAUGCAAAUAAAACUAAUUUUCACAAGAAAGGUUUUGCACUUAGCCUCAUUUUGAAAGAGAGAGUUCUUGGAACUCAGAAAUGGCCUGUUGCAUGGAGUGCGUAAAAUUAAUUUUUUGGGUAAUACAAAAAAGUCAUGUAGCUAACAAGGUGAAGCGUUGUUUGGGGCUAAUGAAAUGCAUGGGACAGAAUCUUAUGAUGGUUUCCGUAGCAUGAAGCACCUAUGAGUCUUUCAAUUCCUCAGCAUAAUGGAAGGCUAGUCCAUUAGAUGUCAAUGGGCAAUCAGGCAGUCCUUCUUCAUUUUUUCUUUGGGAGACAAGGGGAAAAGGUUGUGCUUUCCCCCCAAAAUAAAAGAAGAAUGCCUGAUUGCAGCUUAAUCAGCAGUAUGGUGCUGGUGCCCAUUUUUAUACCGUGUUUGGAGACAAAGUGGGGCUACGUUUCUUGUUUAAGGAAACAAUGCCAACAGCAGUCUGAAACCCAGACCUACGGAUUUGAAGCUCAAUGUGAUAACCACUAAAUUACCAUGACCUUUACAGUGUACAUACAUGUAAUAAUUAGGGCUGUUAAAAAAGUGAUGUUAAUAAUUUGUUGCUUUUUUUUUGUUGUAGGUUGCAGAGAGAAUGGUUGACAGAAUAGGAGACAUUGCUAGGUGAAAUAAUCAGUUUAUUGAAUGAUUUCAUUUUCUAAAAGAGUUGAUUGGCACAAAAAUCAUACUUAUAAGCACACUAGAGGGUUAUUAUUUCCAGAAACGUUUUCAGGCACAGUGAAACGCUGACAUAACAAAGUGCUGAAAGGGCUGCAAAAUUGCCUGGGUGGGGUUUCAAAACAAAAAACCUUCUAAGGAGAAAAUAUGGAAAUUUCCAUGAAGAACAUUUUUGAUUAGAUCUAUACUAUCUUUACUUUUCUCCUUGUUAUUUCAGGUUCUUCCCUCUGGCAUUGGAUCUUGGCUGUGGGCGAGGACACAUCUCAAAAUUCCUAACAAAGGUUGGUGCAUGUAUGUACAUGUAUUGGUACAAACUACCCUUAUUGCAUUCUAAGAUGGAAAUAGUCAGGACCAUUUAUGUAUUGAGGGUGUGAUGUCCAGCAUAUAGAGGGUAAAGAAAAUGAUUGAAAAAUUGUGAUGACCAACUCUUUUCUUUUUAUCUUAUUUGUUCUCAUUUUCAGGAACAAGUUGGAACUUUGGUCAUGUCUGAUAUGGCAGAGAAUAUGCUGGUUAGUUUGACUUUUGUACUAUUAUCCAGAGAUUAGCCUUUCCUAAUUUUAUGGCAACUGAGGCUGGGUUGAAGACUGUCCCCACCUCAGAGAUAUAUGUAACUUCUGUGAAUGGUGUCUUCAAGUAAAUAAUCUGGGAAAAUAUUUUUUUUUUACCAAAUUUCAAUAGCCAGGUAUCCUCUGAGACAAAGUUUGCAGGUACUAAAAAGGUAUUGCAAUCUACAUUGACACAAAAACUACUUCUUUAGCAAAAAGAUUUGCUUUGAAUGAAAAGACUUUUUGAGUGCGUAUUUGCAAUCUGCAGGCUGUAGGGUUCACAGAUGACAGCACUCAUGUCAUUCUCCUAAUUUCUGUCAGCAGAUUUAAAAGUUUAUCUCUCCUGAUUAUGUUGUAAAACAAAUGAUAAACAGCUCACUGAGUACUACUCUGUAUUGCAGUAUUGAUGUGUAUUAGAUCACCUCGUCAGGCUUUUUCAGGUUGUCGAAGAUUUAAACAAUAUUAUGACAUUUUUUCUCGCUAGGCUCAGUGCCAGCCCUGUGAGGUUCAGACGCUUAGACUUAUGGUAGAUGAAGAAUUUUUACCAUUUGCUCAAAAUUCUUUUGAUCUUGUUGUCAGCAGUUUAAGGUGUGUUCUUGGAAGUGAAAUAGGUCACUUUACAGCUAUAGGUGAAUUUAAACAAGGCUGGAUUUGACUAUGUUUUGAUACAACCCUUGCUUCCUGCUUUCUCAUGUUUAUCAUGUUGUUCUUAUGCUAACUAGUAUUUUCAAGCAUAAUUUCCAUUAGAAAACAAAGGAGGUUUGUAUCAAAACAUGGUCAAUUUCAGCCUCACAUUCACUUGAAGGCAAGGGUAAGCACUAAGCCCGCAACUGUGAAAUAGUCUAUUUACAUUUGAGUAGCAUUAAAGUGCUCUUUGUGCAACUUGUUUUUCAGAAAGGGACAAUGAUUUUUACUCGAAACAAAUAGAAAACUCCUUGAUGAGUUUGGCUUGUCAGCAGUUGAAUAAAGUUGCUUCCAAUAUGACUUUUUUCUGAUAAUACUGACUUUUUUUCUUACAAUAAAAGUGCUUUUAAAGAGAAGCGUUCCUAGUGGCAACCUAAUCCCAACUACAUCCCUGUUGGGUGACUUCCCAACUCCAUAUAUCUAAGGAUUUGUGUAAUACUUUUCUGAGACAGAAUAAUCAUGAUCAUUGUGUGCAGAAUUACUGGAAGUCUGCUUUUAAGCUUAAUAAGACCUUUAGCUCUUAGAGCACCAUACAAUGAGUACUGUUCCAUUUUUUAUGUCAGAUGUCAAAGUUAAGAUGGUUACAGUAAUGCAGUGUUAUUUAAAAUGGUGCAUUGUUCAUAUUUUGCACUCUAUAAUUUAGCUAAGAGAGCUAUUAAAUUUUUGUUGAGUAUUAAUUUUAUUUACUGCAAAUCUGGAUAUUUCUUCUUAUGAUGCUGCAACCACUUUAUAAUGAUUAUUUUUACUUUCUCACUGCAGCCUUCAUUGGGUUAACGAUUUACCAGGAUCAUUUAGACAGGUUAGUUGAUUUGAACGUUGUAAAUCAUAUCUUUUUUUAUUUGUAAUUGUUGCAAAUGCAGGUUGAUGGGGGAUCUUGCCUAAACCAUUAAAAAUGAGUCCUGGUGACUUUGGUAGAUACACAACUUGAAAAUACGAGACAACUGAACAACAGCGUUAACAAAACAAACCAAUGAAUCAAAGUGGUGUUAAAAAAUAUUGGAGCAUUUUAAAUUGAAUUCUAGGUAAAAAUCAUUUUGAAAUUGUUUAAUUAUAUUUUUCCUUUUUAUUUUAAAAAGAAACCAUUUUAUGUACUUAAUGCCCAAAACAAACUAUUAGUAUUACAAAUUAUUUGGCUAAGAAGGUUUAAUUUGCGGAUUGGUACCUUUCUUGAGAACACCAACAGCCAUUUGCACAAAGGCAUCGUUUCACUACUAUGACCAAAAUCCUUUUCGCUUUUCCUUUCAUAUUUUAACUUGGUGCUCCCAGUGAGGUUUAAAUAUCAAAAGCCCUAGUUUGCACAAGAAAGAAAAACUCAAAAAUUCUGGUCAUAGUAGUAAAAUGACUUCAUCAUGCAAAUAAAAUAUUAUGUACAAGUAUCUUUUAUACUGACAAAUGUCAAACACGUUGAUGAAACUUUUUUCAAAUUAGAUCAUUCACUGCCUAAAAGAGGAUGGUGUUUUCAUAGGAGCCAUGUUUGGAGGAGAAACCCUUUAUCAGCUCCGAUCUGCCUUACAGUUGGCUGAAAUUGAGAGGGAGGGGGUAAGUACAGUACAAACACAAUCCAGCGGGGUAGUAAGGGGUACACUGUAAGACAGUUGUUUAAAAGAGAUAGAGGGUACGUUUUUGUACAUUCAUAAGAAGGUGAGAUUGGGUGUGGAAAAAAUAUUUUUUAAUGUGAGGUGGACGGGAAGUCUAGUUCCAACAAAGUUGAGUGUUGCCAUGGAUGGCAUAUGGGGUGUUAUGACGUAAGGCUCCGAAGGUAUAUUUCUCCCAGGAGAUGUUUGGUAAAUGUGUGGUAAAUAUAACAGACUGGGAAUUGGUUUGAUGUUCAUCUUUAUUCCAAACCUGUUGUCCAGAAAUGCACACAAGAUUCAGGCUAUUUAUGAUAGACAUCACAAAAUUUCCUGUAGCCCUAUUAUUCUCACCUAUAAAGUUAACGCAAAUACAUUUGUAAUGCUGUCCAACAAUGAAGUUUCAAUUUCAAGUCUUUUUCUGUGUGUUUCCUUUCAUCCUUGAGACUCAAUGUUUUUGCUGCAAGGUAUCAUAAGCAAGGGUCUUUGCAAGUCUUGCAUUUGCCACUUACAUUCCAUCAUUACAAUGUAUGUCAACUAGACUGAUAUCUGGUAGUUAAAAUUUUGUGUUGUGGCAUGGUCUCAGCUUAGUGUCUUUUAAUGCUUGCUAUACUUUAGUCACAAAAACUGUUGCUAAAUUAACUUUCAUACAGCAGCAAAAUUAUUUUUUGUUUAUUUUGUUGAUAUUCUUCAGGGAUUUGCUCCUCAUAUAUCACCAUUCGCAGAAGUCAGAGAUCUUGGAAAUCUUUUGACCAGAAGUGGAUUCUCUCUAACAACUGUUGUAAGUUUAAGAUGAACUGAAUUUAAGAAGGGUUAAUCAGCCUACAUUGCACUUCACUAUGGACAUUGAAACCUUUUAUGGAACCACAAACUGAAAAUAAUAAAAUGUUAUUGUAUCUUUCUGGUCAAUUAUUUCAUUUCCAAAACAUACACUUGUCUAGUCAUGACAGAUAACUGUGAGUUUUCUGUGUCUGAUUUGUAAGCCUCUGUUUUUUGUAAGGAUUUUGAUGAGAUAACCAUAGGAUAUCCCGGAAUGGUUGAACUAAUGCAAGAUCUUAAAGGAAUGGGUGAAAAUAAUGCUGCCUGGAGAAGAAAGACACUAUUGCACAGGGACACCAUUCUUGCUGCAUCUUCAAUAUAUCAGGGUAUGUUUAAACUGAAGUUUUUAAGACCUUCUGUGUGCAAAAUUUGUCAUUCUCAUCAUCAUCAUCAUAUCUCCCCACUCCUGACAGUCCACAGGAGUAAUAAAACUUUUUGGGUUUUCUCUUUUGUAUUAACCAAGUUAGAAGGAAUUACAGAACCUGUAUUUAUGUAACUGUCACCAAUGAUCAGCUAGACAAAGUUAACCUUGAGGAGUGGUUUGUUUAAUAAACACCAUGCUAUGAUACAAAAUGAUAUUUUAACAUAGCAUGUUGCAGAGAAACCACUGUUCACAGGCUACCCACAGAGCCACAUAAAAAUUAUACAUUUUAAUUUGUAUAUUUGAAUCCUUUUGCAAUUUGACAAGAAUUUUCCAUUGUACAUGCUUAUGUGUUUUUUUCUUAAUGGUUGCUUUGUGUAUGAAAUUUCUACACCUUCAUGUGAAUCAGUACAUGUAAAACUGAUUGGUUAAGAAAACCCUCAUUAGUUCUUUCAUUAGUCUGAAUUUUUCCUGUGCCCAGGGGUCAAUUUAAUAAAACUUUUACAUGUGUAAUUUACAAGUGUAGCCAUUGUUUUAGAGUCUAAGAACAAUAGCUACAAUUGUAAAUUACACAUGUCAAAGUUUUAUUAAAUUGACACCAGGUGUGAGUUACAUGCAACUUACUGUAAAGAUAACUGUUUUUGUUGUCCUUACUCACAUUUACCAGAGAUGUAUGGUCUGGAAGAUGGUGGUAUUCCAGCCACUUUCUUUGUGCAUUACAUGAUUGGAUGGAAGCCCCAUGAAUCACAAGUAAGUCUGACUUGAACAUUUGAUGGCAUUUUAAGUGUUUGAUUACAAGUACAAAGAGUAGCCAUACAGUAGAAAAGAGAAGAAAAGAGGUCCCAAUGUUUUGACUUACUUUAUUUUCAGCAAAAGGCAGCAAAACGUGGAUCUGCAACAGCAAGUUUUGGUGACUUAUCAAGUUUAAACACACCAAACAAGUAA